UGGACGCUCGUGUGUUUUUAAAUCGGAGCUGACUAGCUUUCGCGAACCAUCUGUCUAAAGGAGCUAGCUGUCAACAUUGGUUGGCACAUCAAUUCAUGGUGUAUUUGCCAGCAGCAAUGAGGACCAGUGAGUUUGAUUCAUCAUCUGAUGAAGAGGAAGUUUGUGAAGAGGAGCUGACGCCGUUCCAGAUCUCCUGGUUGCCCCUGUCCGCAGCGGAGUGCUCCCAGUUUAUUGGAAUAUGUCCUUUGCCAGGGUGCAAAUUCAAAGACAUCCGAAGAAAUUUACAGCGAGACGUUGGUGAGCUGCAGAACCAGGGGGUGGAGGAUGUGUUUGUGUUCUGUAAGGGAGAGCUCCAUAAGUACCGUGUGCCUCGCCUCCUGGAGGCCUACAGGCUGCAGGGGCUCCGGGUGCACCACCUGCCCUUCCCUGACGGGGGCACCCCCGACCUGGAGCACUGCUGCCAGAUACUGGAGGCACUGCAGGCCAACCUACACAACAACAGGAAGACUGUCAUCCAUUGUUACGGAGGCCUGGGUCGCUCUGGACUAAUUGCUGCCUGUCUGCUGCUCAAGCUGUCCGUCUCCAUGACUCCCGACAAAGCCAUCGAGAUCCUGAGAGAGCACAGAGGGGGCGGGGCCAUUCAGACAGUCAAGCAAUACAACUUCCUGCAUGAGUUCCGGGAAAAAUACUCUGCCUACCAAGAAAGCAAAGCGGUCUCAACAGAGCGAUCGGUGUCGCGGUGAUUCUAUUCCCCUUCAACCCUUUAGAAGAGCUCAGUUAUCAUCUCGUUUUAAAUUUAAUUGGGAGUAAUAAAAAGCAUUGAAUGAA